CCGAGAAGAAGCUCAAGGAAGAAGGUCGCGGGCGAGACGACGACAGUUCGGUGUUUGCUUCUCAAGCAUUCUCUCUCUAACAUUCUCUCUCUAUAUCUCUUCGUAGAUACAGACAGAAUCUGAAAGCCAAAGCUCAGAUAAUUUCCUAAUUUACUUGCUGCACGCGGCUUCAGGUGGCUACGUUUUUCCCCUUUGCUGGCGUGAGAUUCUAGUUCCAUCUGUCCAUUGUCAGAUUUUCCACUUCUUGUUUUGUGUUUUCCGAUUCGAUCCGACGGAAAAACGCCGCUGAUUGCUCUGAAACUCGGGCAGGAGGUCGUUCAUCGAAUGGUUAAUUGGAUUGGAUUCGAUUGCGUAGCGGAUAAGGAAGAGGAUCUCGUCAAAUUUGUGUUUCCGAUCCUGAUGAUUGUAUUCAGUUUGUGGAAAUUUUAGGAGAAAUUUGAAGUAUGAUGCAGAAUCGAAGUCCGCCCAAACAUAGACAUGAUGGAACCUCGCCGUUGCCUCUUGGAAUGGACUGGAGUCCUCCUCCUCGAAAAUGGAAUGGGAAGGACACAGUUUGGCCUCACGAUCAUCACACUGGAUGGAGUUACUGUGUUAUAAUACCUUCAUGGGUUGCCCUUCCGAAAACACGAGCUGCAGAUCCUGUAGUGUUCUACAGGGUUCAGGUUGGUGUACAGUCACCUGAGGGGAUCACAGCACUACUGAGAGUUUUAAGGCGAUUUAACGAUUUCCUAAAUUUAUUUUCUAAUAUUAAAAAGGCUUUUCCAAAGAAAAGUAUUCCACCAGCUCCAUCCAAGGGGAUCUUGCGGAUAAGAACAAGGGCUCUCUUAGAGGAGAGAAGGCGUUCUUUGGAGGAAUGGUUGACGAAGCUGCUGUCUGACAUUGAUAUCUCAAGAAGUGUUGCAGUCGCGUCCUUUCUUGAGCUAGAAGCUGCUGCUAGGUCAUCAUUCCAAAAUGAUAAUCAGGAGCCUUCAGGUGAAUACCCUGAUUAUAACUGCAAAAUUUCUGCACAUCAAUCCCCUCCUAAUUCAAGCUCAUCUACUGUUGUUGGUGGUUUGUCGCUGGCAUCAGAUUAUGGUAGUGAUACUGCUUAUGAGGCCUCUGAACUUGGAACAGCAAGUCUGGGAAGAGAUGAUAGUUCUGAAAUUGCCAUUGAUGAUUUAGCCAUGGAGGAUGAUCUUUCUAGUCCAAUCGAAAAACUUGUGAAGUAUGGAUUGUCCAAUAUUGAUGAGGGGCUGUUUAUGGGGCAGACCAUUCUAGAGCAGUUGGAAGGCCUUCCAAAACAUAAAGCUCAUCCUAGAUAUAACAACAAUUUAAAGGAUGGGCACAAUGGUAAUACUUCCAAGGCAUCGUACUUGGAUAAAAAUGGACUGGUACCUUUUGCAGAGCCCGAGCAUGGCGAGGUAAUUGGUCAUGCACAAAAGCUGUCUGAUGAGAGUGUGGCAAGUGAUGCAAGUUCUCUGAGGGGUGGAGAAAUUUCAAGCUUUUCAUGUUCAAAUUCGAUAGGCAAUGGCUCACUUGACCAUUCGAGUGCUGAGGUUUCAAAUGCAAUUGAAAUUCAUAGCAACCCUGAAUUGCAUUUUUCACGUGAUGCACUGCUCCUCCCAAAGGAUCAUCGCCAUAAAAUGAAUAGGGUUCUUUCAACAAUGCAUCAAAGGCUAGUGACCGCAAGAACAGACAUGGAGGACCUUAUAUCAAGAUUGAACCAGGAAAUAACUGUGAAAGAUUACCUUGCGACAAUGGUUAAGGAUUUGGAAGUAGAACUCGAAACAAACAAGCAGAAGAGUAAAGAAAACCUUCAACAAGCUAUUUUGAUGGAGAGGGAAAAAGUUACCCAAAUGCAGUGGGAAAUGGAGGAACUUCGUCACAAAUCAUUCGAAAUGGAGUUAAAGUUGAAGUCUAAAGAGGGUGAAAACUCGUUUUCAGUGCCUAGGAAAGAAUUUACCCUCCAGGAGAAAGUUUCCUUGCAAGAAGAGCUUGAUUCCACAAAAGAUCAACUAGAAAAUGUUUCUAAGCGAUUUGAAGAGCUUGAAGGAAAAUCAAAAGCAGAUAUCAGGGUUCUUGUUAAAGAGGUUAAAUCUCUUCGAAGUACCCAAGCCAAACUUAAACAAGAGCUUAGUCAAACACUUCAACAGAAGUCCGAGACCGAGGAAUUCCUUCAACAGGAAAGAGAACUGAGACAGCAUGCAAACACAGCUUGGAGAAAGCUGCUGUCUGAAUGUAGGAGCAUACAUGGUCGGCUUCAAAGCUGCAGCAUGAAUUUUACAGUAGAUGAUUAUAACCAUAUAGAGGAAUCGUCAUCCCUGUCUAAUGCGUUGGAUGUGCUGACUACAUCCGAAGACCGACUAAAUUUCCUUCUGGCCGAGGCAAAUCUUCUGUCCGACAGCAACCAAACUGCUACUUCAACGACAAAUGAUGAUGUUCAGGGGCGAGUAGGAUCGAUUAAGGUAGAGGCAGAGUUGAGGAUGAUACUUAAAGACACGUUCACCGAAAACGUGUAGGUUGAGGAAAUGGAGCAGCAGAGGCUUCUUCUUCACAAAAUAGUAGAGUAAAUACCACAACAUGAUUCCCUUUUGAAUCAGUAUAUUACUCCCCUUUUCCUUUUUUUUUCCCUUUCUCUUUGUUCUUCCCCUCCUUCCCCUUAAAUAUAAGAAAUCCUUUUUUGUUGAUUCGGUAGCCAUUUUGCACAUCUUUGGAUAAAAUAAUGCUGCCUGCUUGGUAUGGUA